AUGGAGCCUGAGGAGAACGUUGUUGCAACUGCUCUUGACACUGUAAAAUCUGCUGCUUUAACUCCCACCGAACACCUGCUGUUGAAACGAUUCUUGGAUAAGGCCCGAGACCCAAGCUGUGCAGCUAUAUACCUACUGCGAAAGGUGGAAGAGAACCCAAACCGCAGUGUUGAAGCAAGCCUACGGGAAUUCAAGAAAGACUGGAGGCGAUUGGUUACUAAAUUCACAAAACAAGAGGAUAUACCAUUACCAUCGCAAUGUUUCCUAAAAAGCCGGGAUAUGCAGAAUUGCUGUUGCAUGGUCAACCGUCGUGGACGUCUCGCUGCGAAUGCAACAUUUAAUGUUGAACCUGCAUGGAUUAUACCCCCUUCAAUCUUCCAUGACGAUGAAUUGGCGUAUGAAAGCCCAAUGCUUUCAAUUUUGGAAGCCUUCUUAACCCCUGAUGUAGUUCGUUGGCUACGGGGCAUUCUAGAAAGUUGUACCGAGCCAAAGAAUGCACUACAGAAUCUUUUGCUCCUGUCACCCUCGGUCCAGUCCGCUUUUCGAGAAGGUAAUCUAGAGAUUACGAGGGGGUUAGGCCCUGGUCCACCGAAGAAGAUAGAGGCAGAUGCGAAAAGCGUUCAUUAUCUGGCGAUCACCCUUGCACCCGGAGAACGCACUGAUCUUACCCUUAGCAAUGGAGAGCCUUUGAAAGGCGGUCCCCAUAUGUUCACAAUGUACACCCAAGAUCCUUCAUUAUACCCCUUGCCUAGUGAGGAGUUACUCCAGAUACAUUCCAAGAUUGCUACUGCAUUGCAUCUUUUUUCUGUUGAAGAUGAUAUUUCUCUCGGCUGGCCGCGAUCGCCUUACAUUUCUCUAAGCAAGACAGUCAGCCAAUAUAUUCGCAGCUGCUGGCACUUUGUCCCCAAACCAAUCCGGGUAUGGUGCUACCUUUUCCUAGCCCAGAUCAACAAACGAUUCUAUCCGCACCGUAGUUCGAUAGUACAGCAACUUCCACUCGGACUAUACAUGAAGCACUGUCACCGGGCUCGAUAUAACGAAGUAAAAGCGCUUCAAAUUGUUGAACAGCACACAUCAAUACCCGCCCCGCUAUUUAUAGACACAUUCGAACAUCAGGGAAAAGUAAUGCUGGUAAUGACUCGGGUGAGAGGCCAGCAAUUGCAGGAGGUAUUCCACCGGCUAUCGUAUCCGGAACGCACACAGCUCUCGGCGGACCUGCGAUCAGCCAUCAAACAGCUCCGAGAAAUCCCAAACACCACUCCUCACCGCUUUGCUAAUGUUCUAGGCGGUCCACUUCUAGACGUGCGCCUACCGGACUCUCACGACCGGGCCCGUGGGCCCUUUGACAACGAGUCGGAUUUCCACGACGCGCUGAUCCACAAGUUUAUUUCUGCCGAGACGAAACAGGCUGUUGCUCACGUUCACUCCCAAUCGUACCGGUCGUUCUUCUCCCAUGCUGAUUUGAACUUUUAUAAUAUCAUUAUUGAGCGCGGGAAGUUGUCUGGUAUCGUGGACUGGGAGUGUGCGGGAUAUUAUCCUGAAUACUGGGAGUUUACGAAGGGGAUAUACAUUAUAGAGGGAGCAGCGGAUAGGGAGAAGAUUAUACGAGAUGCGUUUCCGGAUGAAGAUUACCGGGAUGAGCUUGAGGCUGAAAAGGUUUUGUGGUUCGCAGCGCCACCCUGGGUCUAG